UGCGUAUCCAUGGUGACGCAACAACCAAUCAGAUGUGGCCAACUCCUGCCUGCCCUUGUCAUAAUAUCAACACUAAUAAACUUAGACAAAAUCCCCAUUAUAAUUAGCUUUUCUGUUACAGUCCCUAACAUUGGUAAACAAAUACAGAUGGAACAAUGAGAUAAGGUCUGGACAAAAAGUUCAAAAUUUUCAUUGAGUAAUGACGUGAAAGAAAACUUUUACAAGAUGAUAUAUAGAUGGUAUUUGGCACCAGAAAUACUGUCUAAGAUGUAUAAAAGUAGCACUUGUAAUUGCUGGAAUGUGGGGAAAAUGUUGGUACAUAACUUGUAAAAAGACCCAAAAAUACUAGGUUCAAAUACAUCUGGUACUAGAAGAAAUUGUUAAAAUUAAAUUUGUAAUGAAACCUGCACUCUAUUUCCUAGGGAUGUUAGAAGAUCAGCUUGAUAGAAAAGUGGAAAACUAAUGUGUGUGUGUGUGUGUGUGUGUGUGUGUAUAUUACGGCAGCAAGAAUUAUCUGUGCUCAAAGAUGGAAAGAAUUAAAUAUCCUAAUGCAAGAAACUAGAAUCUCCCAUAUUUAGCUAUAAUUCUGAAAAUUCUGAGCAACUGUGAUAGGUACCUAAUUUGUUAGAUAGGAAUUUUUGUUCUGUUUUCAUCAAAUUCUUUGUCUACAUCAUUGUUUUUUCCAUGUUAUUUUUUUAUCAUGACAUCUUACCAUAUUCAUUCAAGAUAGGGUUCAAACUCACAUCUGUGUACAGAGGAUCCUCUAAGAAAACCACUAGGCCAUCUGCAAAAGCUUUCAACUUAUAACUUUUGACCUUUUAUCCUUCUGCCAUUUUUCAAAAUCUCUACCACCAGUAAAAUAAUAAUGGGGAAAGAAGACAGCCUUGUCUAGUCCCUUUCUGUAAUUUACCAGACCUAGCCAGUUCCCCAUUAAUCAGAAUUUGGGUACUUGAUUCAUUACAAACCUGAUUAACACAUCUUUGGAAAUUUAGCCCAAAAUUCAUGUUUUCCAUGAUAGUCAACAUAAACAGCCAAGAAACAUUGUCAAAUGCUUUUUCAGCAUCUAGAAAUAUCAGUGACCUUACAUGAAGUAGAGGAAAUUCCUGCAAACCGUGCUCCAAGUGCCGGCUUCCUGUAAAAUCCACAAGACUGAACUUUGCCUUUCCCAAGAACCACCUAGGUGGUUCAGCACCACCUAGGGGGUGGGGGUUAACGAAGGGGUUAGUUGGGGUGCAAGGAGGUUAUCUAGAGGGGGAAAGAAGGAAGGAAGUCCUUCUCUGAGGGCUGUGGGGGCUAUGGAGCCAUAUCGGUUACCGGAGCCAGCUGCAAGAGGUGAAAGGAAAGAGAAAGACACAGGAGGCAAAAGAUACAAAGAGUCAGAUAUAGAGGAUAAUACACCAUAGUGCAUGUUUAUUAAGGGGUGACUUUGUAAUAAAGGGGGAAGAAAGAUUGUAUCCAGGUUGCUGGUAGCUGCUGCAAGGCUCCACUGUAUUUCUGAUUGUUUGCAAAAUCGAUUCUUGUGGGACACCAGGCUACCGUUCUCUGAAGCUCUUCCUGCAGUGGCUUCUACUACAUUUUAUUGAUAAUUUUGACCCGGGGAGGGGUUUGAUGCUUAACAUCAACCAGUAAGCUAUCUUCUAUCAUCUGAGUAUUAGGACUGCUCUUCUAUCUAAACUGCUGUAUUUAUCUCCUUCAGGCUUUGCAUCAUUCUGGAGGGCAACCUCUAUGAUGUCAUUUCCAGCAUAAUAUCACCAGAAAUAUGGAGUUCAGUCAUGAAUCAAAGCCCACCCUCCAAGCAACCCCUUAGAGAAUGCCAAGCAAUACAGGCAGUGUUAAACUCAUGCUUGAUUAGAGUAGAUAUCUUAAUUUUAAAAGAAAUUUAUUAUAUGGAAAUAGGAGGAGAGUAUGGCUGGUAUUCUGUAAACUUGCAGUCUGGCCCACAAAAGAGUAGUUGUGAAAUUAUUUGGAUACUUGCCAGAUGCCUAUAAUUACCCUACCUUCCCUUUGAGUAAUUAGAGUUCCACCUACAACAUCUUUGCUACUGGUCACAUUUUUGCAAUACCUGACUUACUUUUAUAAAAGCUUCUAAGAAGAUUGUUUUUGUUUCCAUUUCUUUCUGGAAAGCCUUGAAUACAAUCAUCUUCAAAACUCCAACUUCUGGAAAAUUUGAUUUUAUCUAAAAGCCGAAGCUUCAAAUUAACACAAUUGUCUCUUCAACAGCUGUGAGAAAAACAGUUUGAAGGAACGAGAACCAUACUUUAGGUGAGUGCACUCUCUCUCUACAGAAAUAUGUUUUCUGCUUUAGAAGGAAAAUCCCUCUUAGCUCUGGUAUAGACUUUCCCAACAUAGUAACUCAUUCCUAUAUUUUGGACUGCAGCUACCUUCUUCCAUUAAAAUUGACUGAUGGGAACAGUAGCUAAAACAUCUGGAGGCUAUCAUCUGGGGAAACUCUUUUACAACUGGGAUUUUCAGCUGCUUCUCCCUCUUCCCUGAAUCUCAGAAAAAAAGAGAAGUAUUAUCAAGUAUAGGGCAUUCAUUCCUAUAUUCCUUUGGUGUAGUAAUGCAAAGAUAAAUGUUAAGAGUACUUUCAACAAUCAUAAUUAACUUAUGUUUUUAAUCUUUUGUUCCUAUCUCUGUUUAAAUGUCUCAUUAUAAAGCUGCAUUAUUUCAUCCAGGAUGAAGGUGUGGAUUGUCAUUAUAGCAGUAUGUUUGUUGGAAAGAAUUACCACUUUAGGAGGAUUCUACACUUCUGAAGAACCUGCAGUCAAACAUACUGUGAAUCCAGAGUGCUUUUUAAAUGUUACUGAGACUAUCCAAUAUCACGGAUACCCAAGUGAAGAACAUCAUGUGGAGACAGAAGAUGGAUACAUCCUUACAGUCAUCCGAAUACCUCAUGGAAGACAUAAUGGUACAAACAAAGGUUCACGGCCUACCAUAUUUUUGCUACAUUCUGUGCUUGGAGAUGCUUCUCAUUGGGUUUCAAACCUACCUCAAAACAGUUUGGGUUUCAUCUUAGCAGAUGCUGGCUAUGAUGUCUUCCUUGGGAAUAGUAGAGGAAACACCUAUUCUUUAAACCAUAAGACUCUGAAUCCCAAGGAGCAGAAGUUCUGGGAAUUUAGUUUUCAUGAGAUGGGAUACUAUGACAUUCCGGCUGUCAUCAACUUCAUCCUGAAGAAAACUGCCCAAGAACAACUAUAUUUCAUAGGACAUUCUGAAGGCUCAACAGCAGGAUUCAUCGCAUUCUCUACUAGGCCAAAAUUGGCUGAAAAAGUCAAAGUAUUUUUUGCCUUGGCACCUCCAACCUCAAUCCCAUUUUCUACAACCCCUUUAACAAUAUUGGCACGGCUUUCUGAAACAACAUUUCGCAUGAUAUUCGGGAACAAAGGAUUAUUUCAGUAUCCUACGUUCUUAAGAAAACCAUUCACAACACUCUGUGUUUAUCACCCUCGAUUAUGUGCCAGCGUUCUAUUUUUUGUGGCAGGAUAUAACGCCCCAAAUUUAAACAUGAGCCGACUUGAUAUAUAUACAGCACAUAAUCCUGCUGGGACCUCUGUACAAAGUGGUCUUCAUUGGCGUCAGAGCCAUCGUACAAAGCCGUUUCGAGCAUAUGACUAUGGAUGCCCAAAAAAGAAUAUGGAAAAGUACAAUCAGACAGCACCUCUUAUCUACAAAAUAAAAAAUAUAAAAAUACCAAUUGCCAUUUGGACAGGUGGACAAGACUUUUUUGUCGUUCCAGAAGAUGCAGCAAUGUUGUCUUCUCAGAUUAGUAAUCUCAUUUAUAAAAAACAAAUUCCUGAAUGGGAACAUCUAGACUUUAUUUGGGGGCUUGAUGCACCUGAGCGCUUAUACAUGGAUAUCAUUAAAAUAGCAAAGAAGUUUCCAUAAUUCCCAUAAAAGAAAAGCAGACGUCUUCAACAAUGAAUGCAAGUACACUUGGGGGGGGGGGGAGUCCACAAUACUACACAAUAAUGUCAUAAAACCAUAUUCUAAUAGAGCGAAUAGACUGAAUACACAAAUAUCCAGAAUCUAUGUCCAUCGUUUCUUUAUAGUUUUUAUCAGUGAACCCUAGUUAAAGUGUAAAGACUACUGGAAAGAUGAAUUUGCUAAAAGCUGAAUGAAGAAAGUGUGUUAAUUCCUUACUUCACUACUCUGUUCUCAAAUUAUUGUAAUGUGCUGGGAGAAAGGCAAGAUAUUGAAGUUCAGUCUGAAUGACAAUCUAGGUUUUGGGAAUCUGGAUCAUCAGCCAUCCUUUCUUUGGAAAGUCAAAAUAGUUGUAUGUUUUAUUUUAUGAUUUGCACAACACUUGGAGGCAGGGCUGUAACCAGAAAAAAAAUUCGGGGGGUGGGGGGAAUGAAAUAUUUUUAAGCGAAUCAUGAAGACUAGGUGCAGAACACAAAAUAAUUUAAAUUAUAUGAUUUAUUCUAUAUUUUAUAUAGACUUAAUUAAAUCAAAUUUCUAUUUUAAUUACAAAGUUUAAAGUCUAAAAACCCCCCAAAAAUAACUUAAUUGAUAAUUUAGUAGUUGCAAAAGAAUACCACAUUGUCUGCUGGAAACACUUGAAAACAGUUUCAAUACACUUUGACAGAAAUGAGGCCUCAUCUAUAAACUUUGGUGGACUCUCAAGAGUGUAAGUCCAGUCAGUCUUUCUUGCCCCAUUUUGCUCCUGAUGUAUGUUUUCAAAUGUUUCAGAGUUGAAAAUGGCCUUUCAUUUGUAGCUGUUGACACUGGCAAUGCUGCAGAACAAGUUUCUUCACAUUUUGAAAAACUGUCCAUCACAGACAAGAUUUGCUUCCAGUGCAUUUGAUGGUUUUUCUGCAGGUGCAAUCUUUUUCAAUUAUCUACAUCACAGUUCAAAAGCUUUCAUCGGUGUGUCAUUAUCUUCAAGACAUUCAUUGUAAAGUUCUGUGUACUUGAGUAUUAUAAAAAAAAUUGAAACAGAUGGGUUAUAGUGAAAAUAAUGAAAAUAAGGAAUUAAUGGAAUGGAAACAAUUGGAAAGAUUAGGGGGUAGGAUAAAUUGGUUAACACUAAGAGGAAUUUGAGAACAAAUCAAGAAGGAAGAAAGUAAUGAGGGAGAAAAUAUAACAGGCAAGAUAUUAAAAGAGACUUUGUGGCAAAAAGGAUUAAAUAAAAUAUAUGGAAGCAUGAUAGAAGUGAAGAAAUCUAUGUAUAGAAUAAUGGAAAAUAAGUGGGAAAGGGAAGGGGGCCUAGGAAAAGAAAAUAUAGAAAAGAUAAUCAAUAGUUUAAAUAAAAAUAGAAAAAUAUAAGGAAUUAGAACUGAAAAUAAUUACGAAAUGCUACAGGACACCAAUUCAGCUGGCACACAUGAUUCAGGGAUUAAAUCCCAAAUGUUGGCAUUGUCAGGGUCGGGAGGCAUGGUACUCACAUCUAUGGUGAGAAUGUGAAGAGACAAAAAGAAUUUGAAACCAAAUUCUAACCCAGGUUGAAUUACAUACUAUAACAAAAUUUGAUAUAAAUAUGCAAAUUCUGUUAAUAGGGAUAUAUGGGGAUAGAAGAAUUAAGGACCAAGUCCAAGAAUUAUUGAUGAUAAUUUUUAGAGCUGCACAAGCAGUAAUAGCGUGGGGGGGGGGGGGGGUGGAACGAUAAAAAGAAAUGGACACUUGAAAAAUGGUAUGAAUAUAUGUGGAAUCAAAUACAACUGGAUAUUAUGGACAUUAUAAGAAGCAAAAAAAACCAUGGUCAGACAAACAGAAGAAAAUUAAAGAAAUAUGGACUCCAUUUACCAGAUGGCUACAGACUGUUAAACCAUAUGACAAAAGCUGGAAGACAAAAUUGGAAAGAAUGGAAAGAAGGCUCAUGUAACAAGAAAAUAAGGUUUAAGUUGUCAACAGGGAAGGGGGUGGGAUGGGUGUGGGGAGGGGGAAGGGAAUGGAAAAGGAAAAUGUUAUGGUAACUAUGAUUAUGUAUUAUAAAAUAAUAAUGAUUAAUAAAAAUUCCCUUUGGGGGUAAAAUCCUGGGUUGGCUCCUAAAAGAAACUGGGCCAAAGAAAAUGUCAGUAGUGUUAGAUACAAUCGGGGGGGAGGGGGG